UUUUCUCCAUUCAAGCUCGCUUCCUGAUCCUUAUCUACUCCAAUCGAUUGCAUGGAAGAAUCCCAUGCAAUUGUCGUAGGCUGGUCGGAGGCCCCAACGGAGCUCCGAAGAGAGCUUAUGAACGAGAUCCGCCAUUUGAUUCAUGUGGUCGUCAAGAGUCGGUUGGGCAGCUUUGUUGCUUCUGUUCAGCAGAGGAGAUGACUAGAUGAGGCUGUGACUGGUGGUGAGAUCUUGACGGAAGUGGAGCAGGGAGAUCAGGCCGCUUUGCCGGAGGUGAUGAGGUGGUGACUGCUGUGGUGAGAUGCCGAUGAACUCACGGAGAUGGAGCAAGGAUGAGGCAGAGGGAUGGCCCGGCGGGUGGGACGGGCUAGGAGUUUGGAGCGGGUCUGGCAGCUCUCUUAAAAAACUGGUUUUAAGAGAGUGCCACAUAAAGGGUCAGAUAAUUUUGAAGCAUGGUGAUUGUCCUUUGCUUGAAGAUUUAGAUCUCACAGACAGUCAUGGUUUCAGUUAUGUCCAUAUUUCUGAUCUUCUUCGGCUUCGCACUGUUGAAAUUGACAUGGAUAUUGCUAUUGAUGAAACUGCUGAUUACUUCUUUGUUGCAUCACAAAAUCUCAAAAAGAUUACAGACCAAGAGUUCCAUUCUCUUCUUUUGCAACUUCCACUUCUUGAGGAACUAUAUCUUUUUAAUUGCCAUGGCUUAAGAAGAAUAAAUAUUUCUGCAAGUCCACGUCUCAAGACUCUGCAGGUUUGCCCCGAUUUUGUUUAUAGCUCCCUUGAGAUGAUCGAAAUUGCAGCAUGGAGUCUGAAAAACUUCAUCUUCAUUGCUGAAGCACCUAAAUACUAUAAGAUCAAGGUAGCAGAUUGUUGUUGCGGUUUAAAGACGUUGGUGUUGUUGAGUGCAACGAUCACAAACAAUGCCUUUGAUGAACUUCUUUCCAAGUUUCCACAACUCGAAAAUCUUUGGAUCAUUGGAUGUGAAAAGUUGCAGCAAAUGAUUAAGAUACCAAGCCUUCAACUCAAGAGACUGCACACUACUAGAUGCUUUGAAUUGAAGGUUGUGGAGGUCUGUAGUCCAAAUUUAAGGGAGUUGCAUUAUACAGGAGAUGAGGCCCCAAUGUUUUUCCUUCAUACCUACCAAAAUGGUAAUUGGACGUUUGAGCGUGAUCAAACUCACAGUGGAUGGUGGUGCUCCAUGUUGCAGAACUUGUUAAAGGAAGUUGUAGAAUGUGUUGCUUCACUGUACCAGAAGUUGUUGCGGUUAAACAGGGCAUUGAGAUUCGAAGGAAAUGUAGUUUCAUGGUGCUUAUGCUCCAUAACCAUACACCGCCUACUCUACACUCAAACCUCCUUCAACUCUCCGGACUCGCUCUGCCUAUUCAUGUUGGUAACGGGGAACAUACUGAACCACAGUUUUGUAGAACCAAGAAGUUGUAAGACUGGUUUCAGAUGCAAAGCAAGGGACUCUAGGGGUGUGGCUAUUGAGAAGUGGAAACGAGACGGUGUUUACAUCGACAAGCAGGGCAAAUUGAGGACCUUUAAUCACAAAAAACUAUCUAGAAAACGAUGUGGUUCACUAAGAGGACAAGGAUGGAAAUAUGGGUCUGGGUUUGUGGAUGGAAUAUUCCCAGUGUUGAGCCCCAUUGCUCAGCAGAUACUGAAUUUUUUACAGAAGGAGGUGGAUCCCAAUAGAAUAUGGGGUUCUUUUGAUACUUUACCUUCCACUCAUGCUACAUGGGAUGAUCUUAUAAAUGUAGCAGUUCAGCUUCGCUUAAACAAAAAAUGGGAUGCAAUCAUGCUGAUUGGUGAAUGGAUAUUGUACAGAAGCUCCUUUCAGCCAGAUGUCAUCGGCUUCAAUUUGUUGAUAGAUGCUUAUGGGCAGAAAUCUCUUUACAAGAAGGCAGAAUCCACAUACCAGAAACUCCUUGAAGCUCGAUGCAUACCUACUGAAGAUACUUAUGCCCUUCUUUUGAAGGCCUACUGCACCUGUGGACUGCUACCCAAAGCUGAAGCUGUCUUUGCUGAAAUGCGAAAAUAUGGACUUCCUCCAAGUGCAGUUGUUUACACUGCUUAUAUUGACGGGUUAAUGAAGGGAGGUAAUCCUCAAAAAGCAAUAGAGGUCUUUCAGAGGAUGAAGAAGGAUUGCUGCCAACCUUCUACAGAAACUUACACAUUAAUGAUUAACUUAUAUGGGAAGGCAAGUAAAUCCUAUAUGUCACUGAAGUUAUUUGAUGAAAUGAGAAGUCAAAAGUGUAAACCUAAUAUCUGUACCUACACUGCUCUGGUGAAUGCAUUUGCUAGGGAAGGUCUUUGUGAGAAGGCAGAAGAAAUUUUUGAGCAGCUUCAAGAAGCUGGGCUGGAGCCUGAUGUAUAUGCAUACAAUGCCCUAAUGGAAGCUUACAGUCGUGCAGGUUAUCCUUAUGGAGCUGCAGAAAUAUUUUCACUCAUGCAGCACAUGGGAUGUGAACCUGACAGAGCUUCAUUUAAUAUUAUGGUAGAUGCAUAUGGUAGAGCUGGUCUACAUGAGGAUGCUGAAGCUGUGUUUGAAGAGAUGAAACGACUGGGAAUUACCCCAACAAUGAAAUCUCACAUGCUACUCUUGUCUGCUUACUCUAGGACUGGAAAUAUAGCUAAAUGUGAAGAUAUUGUAAACCAGAUGCAAAAUUCUGGGCUUCAACCAGACACCUUUGUCCUCAACAGUAUGCUGAACCUAUAUGGCCGGUUAGGUCAAUUUGAAAAGAUGGAGGAAGUUUUGAUUGCAAUGGAAAAGGGACCUUACACGGCUGAUAUCAGCACAUACAACAUCUUGAUCAACAUCUAUGGACGAGCAGGAUUCUUUGAGAGAAUGGAAGAGAUUUUCCAAUCACUUCCUGGCAAGAGUUUGAAGCCUGAUGUGGUGACCUGGACUUCACGGCUUGGAGCCUACUCCAGGAAGAAACUAUACAGAAGGUGCUUGGAAAUUUUUGAGGAAAUGAUUGAUGCAGGUUGUUAUCCGGAUGGAGGAACAGCCAAAGUACUUCUCUCAGCUUGUUCUAAUGAAGAUCAAAUCGAGCAGGUCACUACUGUUAUUAGGACAAUGCACAAGGAUAUGAAAACUGUUUUGCCAAUCUAAUGGAUACUUACUGUCAAAUAAAAUUCUAGGCUUUGCUAAGCCUAAAGCUUCCCCUCUGUCCAUGGAUAUUGCAAAAAGAUGGGGGAUUGAGGCAGUUGUAAAGAAUUGAGUACAGUAGAGUUUUACUGAGUUUUUAUUUGAUUGGCUGUAACAGCAAAUUGCUGCUCAUGUACAUUACAAUUACUGGAUAAACAAAGAUUUUACGUUUUU